GGCUACAGGAAUGCAAGUCUGGUCACACUGGCUACCCCGUUGCUCAGGCGACGAUUCCUCGCUCACUUCCGGCUGUGCGACGGCGAAACCCAUCCGGGUGUUUCCGGUCCGCUCGGAAAGAGUUCCGGGCUCCGCUGGAGGGCGGGGAAUCGAGCAGGGGUCCGCCCCCUCCAGGCCGGAGUCGCCAUGGCCGAGCCGGGCAGUAAGUUUGGGGACAUCCAGCGGUACCUGUCCGAUGGCCGCUUCCCCUCCACCUUCUGCCCGGCGAAGAAGAAGAACCUGAAGCGGUAUGCACAGAAAUUCCAGCUGGAAGGUGGUUGUUUGUACUAUGUGGGGCCAAAGAAGGACGAGAAGAGAGAAGUGGUGGCAGAUCGUGAGAAGCGACGACAGAUAUUCUUGGAAUGUCAUUUCUCUGAUAUUGGCUGCCACUUGGGCCAGAAAAAGACCGUGCACAGAAUUCAAAGCCGAUAUUAUUGGUUGGGGAUUGUAAAGGAUGUUGUUGACUGGAUUAAAUUGUGUGAGACCUGCCAGCAUGCAGAACACUACAAGAACGUGAACCGUAAAUUCCCACCCUUGAAAGUUACCAGACCGUGGGAAAUUCUCAGCUUUAAUCUCAUUGGUCCGUUCCCAGAAACCACCUGCGGAAAUACCUAUGUACUGAUGGUUAGUGACUAUUUCACAAAGUGGGUUGAAGCAAUUCCAAUACAGAAGAAAGAUGCUUUGUCAGUAGCCAAGGGGUUGGCUGCCACUUUUUACAGGUUUGGGGCUUCAAAAGACAUAUUCUCCAAUGAAAGCAGAGUAUUUUGUGAUGAGGUCAGCAAAAACCUUUUUGAAAGAUGGAACAUUAAUCACAAAGUGACUCCUGCUGAACAUUUUCAGCACACUGGACUAGAUGACAGAACCAAUGAAAUAUUAAAAGCAGCAAUUAGAAAUACAGUAAACUCCAAGCAGACGGAAUGGGAUGACUGUUUGGACCCUGUCCUGUUUGAGUUUCGGACAUCAGUAAAUUCAAGUACUAAGUUUACACCUUUCUUUCUACUCUAUAAUAGAGAAGCUCGGCUGUUAUCUGAGGGAAAACUUGAAAUUGCUAAUGAGUACAGGUCACCAGAAACUUGUGGCAUCAAAACAGAAAGCAUAGACGAGUUUACUAAUUCUGUGAGUGAGCAGCAAAAUGCAGUUAAAGAAAUGGUGAUUGCUAACAUGGCUGCAGCUCACAAACGGGAAAAAAAGAACGCAAAGAGGAAAGCCAGGAAAGGAACUGGGUUCAUUGCCAGCGAGGAAGUGUUUCCAGGAAACACCAACUCAACAACUAAAAAGCACAAGAAAAGUCACUUUCUUUCUUUCCAAAUUGAAACAACCUUGUCUGCUGAGCACAGUAUGAACGGUGGGAUGGCAUGAAAUGACUUUUCAUUGAUUAUAUCAUAUGGCUCAGGAACCGAAAGACAGAAACUUUACAAAUAAAUCCUCCUUGGAAUGGCAUCUCAACAAUGGCAUAAGGAAGAGUGAGAAAUGACUGUACUGAGCCUCAAUGUGCCGAGCUGACUAACUGCCAUCUGUGAAGUUAACUGUGAAUCAGAUCAAAACAUUUUGCAUUAGAAUUAUUUUAUACACACACAUUAACUGUUAAAAGCAAAAUGUUGCAGAUGCUGUUCAUUCAUUAACAGUUUGAUCAUUUGUUCUGACUCUGGUUUACAAUUUGCAUCAUGUAAAUAUGUUAUGCCUAAUAAAGUUCAUCACUGUAAAGUUGUGUUGUAUGCAAUU